AUGGAAGAGAGCGAGGGGAUUGUGCUGUUGACGAGAGCAAAGGUCGACCCCAACGACAGCGACGGUCAUGUCAUUUCGGAUCUCAACAUCGCACUUAUUGUCAUCACAAGUGUCUUGGUGAUUGUGCGGCUAUACGUAAGAGGCAUAGUUGUCAGGGGUCUUGGAUGGGAUGAUUUAUUUGCUAUUCUGGCCUGGGGUAACGUCACCGCCCUGUCAUGCGUAGAAGUCAUUCUAGUGACGAAAGGAGUUGGAACGCAUAUGGAUAAAGUGCCUAAAGAGGCAUUGGCUGAAAUGUUUUCAUUAAUGCCUGUUGACAAAAUGCUUUUCAUAUCGUCGGGUUGUUUUGUCAGACUAUCGAUUGUGCUUUGCCUUCCUCGAAUUUACAGAGCUAGGUCUUUUAUGACAUUCAUUUAUGGUGCUUCUAUGGCAACUAUCAUCAUCUCUGCAACUUCUCUUCUCUUCCUUGUCUUCUCGUGCAGUCCUCCAGCUGAUGUCUUUAAUGCCGGAAAGACAGACAGGCAAUGUGUCUCUAACUUUACUCUGGGUCGUAUGAGACAGGCGCACUCUAUUGUGGCAACGAUUAUCAAUAUUGUCAUAAUGGGCCUCACGAUCAAGGCCGUAUCUACGACUCAAAGAACACGCGCCAAAACCAUCAAACGGAUAUUUAUUCUUAUUCUCGGUGUGUUCGUUAUUGUUUCAACCUUUGUUAGAGUCGUGAUGUUGUUGACAACCGACUUGAGCAUCGACACAACUUAUAAAAUGCUUCGCACACAAGCUUGGUUCCCUAUAGAAGUCCAUAUCGGACUCUGGUGCAGCAGCUUGCUUGCUUUGGAGCCACUAGUUGACCCAAGCAGCAACCCCAGGAACUACAACCAUUACAACAUGAGAAAGCUUUCUAAAAGCAGCGCCUGGGAUCCACAGGACGAUGUGUGGCAGAGAGAUCUGAUGACGGCAAAUCCCAAAGUCUUGAUCCACGGUAUACCAAGAGAUCCGAAAGGGAAGAGAAAGGCGUCAAACGCGGAAUCAGAAGCUGAUAUUGAGAUGCUGGAAAACGAAAGGGGUAUCAAAUUGACUACCGAGUUCUCUGUACACGUGGAAAGCAGUGACCGUCCCAACAGGGAAGGGUUAGAGGAGAGAGUGGCCAAGACACCAGCAUGGAGUAACUUUUGA